AUGACCGAAAGAGUGACGCAAGACGACUUGAAAGGCCUCAAUGGCGCAAGCGGCCUUGUACCCACGGAUGAACCUCACAAAAAGCGGAAUGCCUGGUCCGCUCCGGGGCCUGCUGCGUUCGACUUUCGGAGCGAUGUUAUAACGACUCCAACCCAGUCUAUGCUCGCAGCCAUCUCGAACACGACCCUUCUCGACGAUGUCUUCAUGGAAGAUCCGACGACGAAUGAUCUCGAAUCAUAUCUUGCCACGCGAACCGGACACGAGGCCGCGCUCUUCGUCCUCUCGGGCACGAUGGCCAACCAGCUCGCCAUGCGGUCCCACUUGUCGCAGCCUCCUUACUCCGUACUUUGCGACUACCGUGCGCAUGUAUUGGAGUGGGAAGCUGGAGGCGUGGCUAGUUUGUGUGGUGCAUUGGUCAAGGGGGUUGUCCCGAAAAAUGGCAUAUACUUGACACUUGAGGAUAUCGAGAAGAACGUCAUACUUGGGGACGAAAUUCAUGGGGCCCCUACCAGAGUGAUUUCACUGGAGAAUACACUUGGGGGGACCAUAAUGCCGCUGGAAGAAGUAAGGAAGAUAUCGGCAUUUGCGAAGGAACAUGAUAUCAAGCUACAUUUGGACGGGGCUAGGCUCUGGGAAGCAGUUGUAGCUGGCGCUGGAUCGCUGGCUGACUACUGCAAAGAGUUUGACAGUGUCAGUCUAUGUUUCUCAAAGGGACUGGGAGCUCCUGUGGGAAGUAUUCUCGUCGGCAGAAAGAAAUUUAUUAAGCAUGCCAGGUGGGUCAGAAAGAGCAUUGGAGGAGGAUUGAGACAACCAGGCGUUCUUACUGCAGCCGCCCGUGUAGCAGUCGAUGAGACAUUUGGUAAAGGUCCCAAUGGCGAGGAUGGCCUAUUGAAAGGUAGCCAUAUCACAGCAAAGAAAGUUGCCAAGGUUUGGACUGAUAAGGGCGGCAAACUCAGCAAGCCAACAGAAACCAACAUGGUCUGGCUUGAUCUUGAAGAUGUGGGCUGCUCUGAUGAGGCUUUCAUUGCAAAUGCCCUGAAACACGGACUAAAAGUCUUUGAAGGCGGCCGCCUUGUCGUCCAUUACCAAAUCAGUGAUGAAGCUGUAAAUCGGCUGGAGGAUGUCAUGAGGGAGCUCGUAGCUCAGAAGGCCCAGGAUAGCCAAGCUCAAACGAAAGCCAAAGUUGGCAAGAGGUCUUAUGGUUAA